UCACCAUGCACAACCCUCAGGCUUGUGGGUUUUGAGAGGACAAUAAAUAAUCCAGGUGAGGACCAUGAUGAUGUGAAUGUUUGCCUUCUGGCGUUCCUCAGAGAGAUGCCAGGGGCUGUGCUAUAGGACUGAAGCGAGUAGAGCUCACAGCAGGCGACAGGGCCGAGGAUUUGUUGUCGUGCGAGGCUGGAGGGACUCCUCCCAGCUUCUCUGCAAACUGGAGGACACGGGGCUACUGUGUCUCAUGACACACGUGUCACUCAGGGAGAGAGGGCGGUGCCAGGGCGGGAGCGGGCGUCACCGGAAUGGCACCGGGGCACGUGGGGGGAGCAAGGAGCGGGGGUAAGGGAGGGGUGGCUGUGUCCGCCACAUAUAACAGACAAGAGGAGGGACAGUGCCGUCCACUUGUAAGCAGACUGUGAGCACAGACAGCAGGCGUGUACCUUGAUCGUGCUAACCACUCACCAUACUGUCUGCGUCUGUGUCAGCCUCUGUCUUGUUUGUGGCAGACGCUGUGUUUGACAGGUGAAUAGGCGUUCAGACAGCCGUACUUUACUACCGCACACCUCGGGUGCUCGCCAGGUGGUGACAACACACAAGUACCCGGGACAACAAAGUAGAGGGCGAAGCAGCCGACACAUCCAAUGUAUAACAAUAAACAUUUCUCACAAUCUGUGGUCUGCCGUUGUUGAACAUUUAAAAGAAUCGACAGAAGAAAUCGCAGCUGUGGGCAGGGCGAGCAACUGUCAGCAACAUCUACACACCCUCUACCUCCCAGGAUGGCGCGUCUCCUAGCAACGCUACUUGUUGUCGUUUCAGGUGGCUUUGUUGCGGGGCAGGCGGAGGACUUCACAUGUCCUUCAGACACCGGAACCUACCCGUAUACAGCUGACAACACCCGAUUUUUUGAGUGUGUGUCUGGCAAAGUCGUCCUCCAUACCUGUAUUGACAGACACGUCUUCAGUGUGCAAGCCAAGGGAUGUAUCCAGACAAACACGUCAAAGGGAAGCAUCAGGACCCUCCCAGCAAACACCACCCUGCCAAGCCCCACGACCUCCACAGAAGAGCAAGAGGUGAAAGCUGAUGAUGUCGAGGCGGUUCAAUCAUUGACAACAAACACGAGUAACAACAGUGACAUCAGCGUUUCAAGCCAAUCGAGUGCCCCGGAUGUUGUGACAACAAUGUCUGACCUGUCGACCUCCCCUCACCCGACCUCCACAGUUAGCGAAACCGAAUCCUCAGAUUCAACCUGGAGUCGUAGUUCUUUGGGUGCGACUGGUUCCUUGCCCGUCAGCGAGGCGAUGCCCCAAGUUGUAACAUUUCCAGAUGUAGCGAGCGACACGGGGAACCCUGCAAACACCCCGUCACAGUCAGGGGUGGGCUUAACAGGGGGGACCACUGGCGUGACAGAUAAUCAUCAAAAGACAAAGGUAGGCUCAACAGGUGAGCCAGCCAACUCUACAGAUCAGCCCCAAACAGCGGCAGAGGUCACGGGAAUGCCGGCGAACUCUACUGGUCAACAGGCAGACAGAGGGCAGCAGGUCACGACCCCACGUGCCGUGGCGUACCAGGCGUCGCUGGAGGAACUGCUGGUCGAGGGUCGCGCCCGCUACGCGCUGUCGGACGACACCAAGGAGGAAGAGGAGGUGAAGGUAGAAGAGGAGUUCCUGUGUCCCAACGAAUCCGGCUUUUUCCGACACCCGACCAACUGCUCCAGAUUCUACUGGUGCAACCACUUUAUCCCCACCGCCAUGUUGUGCGCCCCUCACACAGCUUUUGACCCCGAGACCCACGUGUGCUCCUGGGCUGUCGGUCCGGACGGAUGUGGCGCUCAGCUGCCGCUUGUCAAACACACUCAUGACCCGCAUCCUCGGCAUGGUGCUGUCCUCACAACCACUCAACCAGCUGCUUCCUCAGACACGCAGAGUCAGGGGCGACAGGUGAGAUCAGGCAGGCAGCCACGGCAGGUGUCUCCAGGUCACUACAACAGCAGGGACGCAGCGACAUCCUCUACAGACGGAGAGGACAGCAAGACGAGCGAGGGCAAGAGUUUUGGACUCAACUCACGUGGCGUCGACUUCAAUGCCGGCAGAGAUCACUUCCAGUGCCCUGGCGACGGUUUCUACGCAGACCCUAACGACUGCACCUACUUCUAUCACUGCUCCAUUGGCAAAGCCUUCAAGUUCCAGUGCCAGAACGGAACGGCUUUCAACCGCGAUAAGUUUGUGUGCAGCUGGCCGGUAGGUGAGGACGGCUGUGGAGGGAUGCUAAGUGUGCCUUACAGACAGGUAUUGGAGGAGGAGCUCGGCCUCUCAACAAAUCACGUGAACAGCAACUUCCGGUGCCCCCAGCCCGAAGGCUUUUAUCCUGACGCCCAGAACUGCAGCAUCUUCUACCACUGCGUGAAGAGCAAACCGUAUCAUCAUGAAUGCGGCUCCGGAACCGUUUACAGCACCACGAAGGGUGUGUGCGUCUGGCCAGACAGCGACGACGACGACAACAACGGCAAGAAGUGCGGCGACAGCAGCGUGUUGGGCGAGUCGUACCGAGCGGCCCUCGACAACAACCAGCCACGUGACCAGCAAGGAGGCGCCAGCAGCCAGAGGGCUCCACUAGACAAACACGACCAUCGACAGGUCAACGGCGACCACCACGCGGUCGAGGAUGGGGAGGAGGACGUACUUCAUCACGACGACCAUCACAGUCACUCAGAAUUGAGCGAGGUGAGCAGCAAUGUCGAGAGCGAUAAGUACAACCAGCAGCCGGACAGGAAGGAGCGCACGGUAGAGCCGGCAACGACACCUGCCGAGGGCGGGUCAGGGCCAACAGAGGUCAGCACGAGGUCGGCAAUAGAGGGCGCGACACUGCAGGCUCAGUCUGUGCAAGACUUUAGCCAGGUGGCCAGCUCCUGGCCCUGGGGAAACACCGACAAGAAGGUUGCAGCAAGCUCACAGGGAACCUCCACAGACACCACGUUCACGGUGUCCACAGCAGCGACGACCUUUGCCACGGGCACGACCUCUACACCACGUCACGUGCCGUCCACGACUGACACCACAUCUACACCACCACCAGCCCAAAAGACGACAUUGAAAGCGGAGCUGUACAGGGUGAUAGGUCUGGAGACGGACUUCCGGUGUCCUAAGCCUGCGGGUCAUUUCCGGGACCCUCGCAACUGCGCAGUGUACUACCACUGUGCCGACGCUGUGGCCUACCGACUGGACUGCCCGGAGGGCCAGCUGUAUGACGUCAGACAGUACCAGUGCCUGCCCAUCCCCCAGGUCAAGGACUGUGUGCGUGUGGAUAAAGACCAGGUGGACGACUGGGAGGAGCGGUGGCUGGGUACCUAUCCCGAAGUUGACAGCUACCCGAAACAAAAAGAUUUCCUGGAGUCCUUCGAAUGUGAAGAAAGUUCCGGUUUCCAUGGCAACCCUCAGGACUGUUCCUCUUACGUCGAGUGCAUCGAUGGUGUGCCGUACGCAAGAAAGUGCAUGUCGGGAACCGUCUUCGACGACGGAAGGAAGAAGUGCACGUGGUCCAGCCUCGUUCCCGCUUGCAACACCGGAAGUCGUGCCCCCGACGAACUUCGUAGCGAGGGCUUCGACUGUCCUUCAUCUGACGGCUACUACAGAAAUCCUCGCGACUGCUCCACCUUCUUCCAUUGCAUCGACGGGACGGCCUUGCUCCGCAAGUGUGACAGCAACUUGCUCUUUGACCCCCAGACCAGCACGUGUCGCUGGUCACUUGCUGUGCGCGACUGCGAUCGUGAUGGCCGACCGGUGUUUCUGGAGAAGUUGCCCCUGUCGGCCUUUGCGUGUCCACUACCUAACGGUCAUUUCCGGGACGCCGCGGACUGCAGCGUCUUCUACCACUGCCUGCACGACUUCCCCUACCGCGGCCAGUGUCGCCCUGGAAACGCUUUCCACCUGGACUCUCUCGCCUGCAAGCCUCGAGGUGAAGUACCCGACUGUGGAGAUGACACGGCUCCCACCCAGCAGCCGGCGGCCCCGGAGAUGAGUCAGACGACGAUGGGAGAGAGGAAAACGACCGAGGAGAACAGAAGGGAGACGUCAGAUGAAAAUAUGUUAAUGAGCGACGAUGACAACAACGUGCUCCCGACAAAAGGCUCCAGCUUCCGGUGCCCGAAGGCGCAUGGUCUGUACCGAGAUCCGGAGGACUGCGGCUUCUUCUUUCACUGCUUCGCCGGCCGCAGCUUCCGCCAUGCGUGCGAGCACGGGACGGUCUUCAGCGCCGACAGGAACCUGUGCACCUGGCCAUCCCUGGUACCCGAGUGUCACAACGUCACGCGCCAUGGACAUGUGACGUCACAGCUGGCGUCACUGACGAUAGCACCUGCACAGCAGACGACAGGUUGGGAAGCUGGCUACCAAAGUUCGCCGGUCAUGACGAGCGAGCAGCAGACGACAAGAGAAGAAGAAGCGAGGAAAGUCGAAGAGGUUCCUUACACUGUGGAGAAGACAGAAGAACAGCUCCACGUGCAGGUCAGACCCUCUGACCUCAAAGACUUUGACUACGACCUUGCCGAGAGUCACGUGGGCGAAGUUUCCUCCGAUGGUGUGAACGACUUCGUACUGGAAGCCCCUGCACCCGAGUCCAAGAAAACUGAGCCAGUUGUAGACGCCGCCUACACCACGUUCGUCUGCCCGCCCAUCAUCAUGGACCAGUACUACCGGGACCCUGUGCACUGCACGCACUUCCACCGCUGCGUGCAAGGCACGCGCUUCUCCUUCGUCUGCCCGCGCGGCACGUUCUUCGAGCCCGUCCUCGGCGUCUGCGACUUCCAGGACAAGGUACCCGACUGUGGCGCUGACGGCGUCCGGCUGAGGGCGGACACACUGUCCACUGGCGACUAUACCCCGGUUGUCUUCCCCGGCGUUUUUCCACUGGUCAGAGGUCAGUCAGUGGACGAGUCGUCGACAAGCAUGGGAGAGUUUUCAUCAGGGUCCGAGGACCGUCUGUGCCCCAAGCUGGACGGCAUGUUCCCCCACCCCGCGUCGUGCCGGAAGUUUGUGUACUGCUCACGUGGUGCAGCGGUGGUGCUGACGUGUCCUAGCGACCUGGUGUACAACAGCAAAGCCAUGACAUGUGACUACAGGGACAGCAUCGAGUGCAGCAGCUACCACCAGUGAGGACACGAGGCCAGGGCGACUGGUGCUCGGCUGGCGGCCCCCUACUUCCGCUGUGACGUCAUCAGCAGCGCAUGCGUGCACGUGAACGCUGUGGUAGACGUUAAAGGCCAACCUGAGUGCACAUUUUUCUCACCUAUUAUUGUCUCAAAUUUCAAGAAAAAAUGUGUUCCUUUCAGGAGGUUCAAGUCACUACUCCCCACUAGGGACAGAAGUCAUGACCUGAAUGGUCCUCCAUGUCAAAGGUCACGACUGUUUGCUGGACAGUGAGUGCCCCAUGGGUCUAUGUUCUGUGGGGAUAAAGGAUGUCAAACUUUAGCUCACUGCUCUAAGUGUGCUUUCAGAAAGAUGAAAGGUCACGUGUUUUUCAAACUAACGACAGACACUGUGCUGGAUGUCACCUGCCGGCAACGUUGACCUUUCAAUACGCAGAUGUCAUUUCCUGUUGUCCUUCGCUCAUUGACAGCCAUAACCAAUAACACGCUUACACACACGCACAAACUCACAAACAUGCCGGUCUACACACCUACCAACACCUGCACAUCAAAUGUCUUACUCAGGAGUCAGACUGUUCGACCAUCUCGCAGACACUCAGGUCAGGUGACAUCACACGUGUAACAGUCGGACAAGUCAGCAACAACGGAAACAAAUGACAUGAACUGAGUUCUGACAUUCACAGUCACACCGAUCAUCAACGUUCACACAGUCAACCAGAGACAGGGGCUGCCAUUACAGUCAGUCAACCUGAGACAGGGGCUGCCAUCACAGUCAGGAAUUAUUUCUUCGUUAUGUUUGGACAAACAGUAUUUGGCUGGUGCAGGGCUUUUGUAGCUUUGGAUGCCAUGGAAAUAACGGCACAGGUGAAUAAAUAGGUUUUGUACUUUUGAUACUCUACGAAUAAAAGCUUAUAAAAGUUGUCACGUGUUGGCUUCUCACAAAGUCACUGGGUGUGAGGGUGUGAGGACGUGAGGGCAGAACUUUCAGGUAAAAGUACUUGAUUGACAAGCUUAAUAAUAACGACGAUGACGAUGAUGAUGGGAAAGAUCGCUUUACAAGAGAAGAGAGGCAGUGGGUAGUUGUGUCAUAUGAUAGAGAAAUGUAGCACAAAUAUACAAACAUACACACACUGACACACACACACUGACACACACACACAC